CACACAUUAAAUUUCUCCGAUCCACCGCAUUACUAUUAUCUACAAGAGGGAAAUCCAAAUUCCUAAGCGAAAAGGCGGAAGCUGUAGUUACGAUGAAUCUCAGUUGUCUACAACAACCACCCAGCUAUCCUGUCCCUCUAACAUUUGCGGGCUCUUCUUCUUUCUUGCACAAUCACCGAGCAAACCCAAGUAAAUUAAGCAGAGAUUUCAGGAGUUAUAAAAAUGGAGAGGUUGUAAAGAGGAAAGGAGGAAUUGUAUGUGGGUGGUUAUUGCCAGUGGAUCCAUGGGCACCUAACAUUGACUCGCAGAGCAUUGCUUCGCAGCUUUUUGCAGUUUCUUUGUUUCCGUACAUUGGGUUCCUGUACUUCAUCACCAAAUCAAAGUCUGCUCCGAAGCUCACCCUUUUUGGCUUCUACUUCUUGCUUGCCUUUGUUGGGGCCACCAUCCCCGCUGGAAUAUAUGCCAAGGUGAAAUAUGGUACUUCCUUGUCUAAUGUGGAUUGGUUACAUGGAGGUGCUGAAUCACUUCUCACUUUAACCAACUUAUUCAUUGUCUUGGGGUUGAGACAAGCUCUUCGGAAAACUGAGGAUGCAAAAGAAAGCACAUCAAGCUCUGCUCCAGAUGCAAAAGAGCAGAAGAAGCCAUUCAUAUAGGUGUAUUACCUUGCUACUAUUGUUCUCCUGAGAUCCCCUCAGCACAAUUACUAGCACACGUGCAACCUACCAUUCUUAUUUGCUGCUGAGUAUCUUGGUUAUUGGCUCAUUUUCACAUAUCUUAUAACAUAUUGCGAGUUUCCAGUCUAGAAUUACAGAUGCUGUCCGCGUUUCUCCAUGUCCUCAUUUUAUCAGAUCUCUUAUCGGCAUGAGUUCUGGGUUUUAUUUUGUUUAUGUAUUCCAUCUGUUAAGAGUCUAGACAAGCAAUGUUGUGUCUACUGAAUAGACCAUAGGAAUGUAGAUUCUUUUUUCCCGGUAUAUACAUAUUUUUCUAUUGGCAAAGAUGGGAUUUGUUGCUUUCGCACAAUAUUAUGUUAUGGACAACUUAUUUGGAUUUCAAAUGGCCAUCGCUUGAAAACUGAUUUGCAUAUUGCAAUGAAGUUGCAGCAAGUUAAAGGAUAUUUGCAUCA